UCCACGCGUCACACAGCAUCAGUGUGGUGUGUUUAUGUUCCCACGCAUGAAGGUUAGCUGGGGAAUGCUGAGGCAUGCUGAUGAUGAUGAUGAGGAGGGGACACUUUGCGCAUUUGGAGCAGCGGUGUGCGCAGUGAUUGCGCCGCUAUCUGCGCGCUGAUUGAAACGUUUUGCGCUCAGCUGCAGUUGGAGCGACUCCAGGGAUGCUGCGGCUGCCGGGGUGUCGCUGCGCAACCAGGGGCUGCGCCCUCCUCCUCUGCUGAGUCCUUUCCACACUUUUUCUCCCCCUCAUGGAUCUUGGUCCCAUCUCUCCCACUCUGUAAGAUGGGGACCAGUUUGUCCAGCCUGGCAGCCUUCCAGUCCCUCCACAUCGUCAUGCUGGGUUUGGACUCUGCGGGUAAGACCACGGUUCUGUACCGGCUGAAAUUCAACGAGUUCGUCAACACGGUGCCCACCAUCGGCUUCAACACGGAGCGGAUCCGCCUGGGUGGCCCCGGGGCCUCCAGGGGCAUCAGCUGCCACUUCUGGGACGUCGGGGGCCAGGAGAAGCUGCGGCCCCUGUGGAAACCCUACAGCCGCUGCACGGACGGCAUCGUGUACGUGGUGGACUCCGUGGACUCGGAGCGGCUGGAGGAGGCCCGCGCGGAGCUGCACCGGAUCACCCGCUUCCAGGAGAACCAGGGGACCCCGCUGCUGGUCAUCGCCAACAAGCAGGACCUGCCGCGCGCCCUGGAGGUGGGGGAGAUAGAGAAGCAGCUGGCCCUGUCCGAGCUCAGCCCCUCCACCCCCUACCACGUCCAGCCGGCCUGCGCCAUCAUCGGAGAGGGACUGGAUGAAGGGAUGGACAAGCUGUAUGAGAUGAUAGUGAAGAGGAGGAAGGCUCUGAAGCAGAGGAAGAAGAAGCAGUGAUGCAUGACAAUCACUGCCAAUAACUUAAUAGGAAACAAAUGUCCUCAUUAACAGACCUCCAUCAUAGAAUGUAGCAGAUAAAGACUGAAGGAAGUUUGAAACCUUAACUUAAAACCUUCCCAACAGGUAGAUAAUCAGGAUACUUUCUGCAAACCUUUCCUUUUUUCUGUUUUUUUUCUGAUGGAGAUGCUCUCUGUGUGCUCAGAUGUGAGGCUGAGGGAGGAAGGAUUCCCCUGAGAGGAAGGCACACUCAGCUAUUUCUGGUUCAGGCUUUUUAUUUCCUGCUCUGUCUCCUUUCUGGUGAGAGGAUCUGA